UGUGGUACGUACAUCCGCUUUGGGUAGCAGAUUCCCAGGCUCAUUUCCCUUAUUCAUUCCCCCAAAAAAUUGCAGCCGGAGCAGCGAGCCUUUCUCCACACUAAACCCCUUUUAACACGUGGAAACUGUGAAGGGGACUGUAGCCAUGCGAGUGAUUGUGUUAUUCGCCGUGACCGUGCUGUCUCUGAGCCCGGCGGCGGUGAGCGGAGGCGAGAAGAAGAAGCUGCAGAUCGGCAUCAAGAAGCGAGUUGACAACUGCCCCAUCAAGUCCCGCAAAGGAGACGUGUUGAAUAUGCACUACACGGGCAAGCUGGAGGACGGCACGGAGUUUGAUAGCAGCAUUCCCCGCGACAGGCCGUUCACCUUCACCCUGGGCACCGGCCAGGUGAUCAAAGGCUGGGACCAGGGUCUGCUGGGCAUGUGCGAGGGCGAGAAGAGGAAGCUGGUCAUCCCCGCCGAGCUGGGCUACGGAGACAGGGGAGCUCCCCCAAAGAUCCCCGGAGGAGCCACGCUCAUCUUCGAAGUGGAGCUGCUCAGCAUCGAGAGGAGGUCCGAGCUUUGAUGAAGAGGGGAUAGCCAAGAAGGCAACAUUCAAAACGUUCCAGAAGCUGCUAGAGGAUUUUGUGGAGAUCAUCUGACCUCUGAUGAAGACUACAUGGAAGAUCUGGGAGCAGAGUUGGGAACCCCCAGCAGAGCCAUUGUCCUCUUGUCACUGGCUUUGCUUAUUGUGCUCUGAUUUAUUGGUCUGAAGGUAUUAUGUGAUACAAGAAGGGAUGUAUGUCCUUGCUUAACAUUAGUAGAACUGACGGUUAGAAGUUAAACCCAGUAUUUGGCAGUGGGUUGAUAAUAAGUGCCGUUUUAUCUCAUAUUUGUUUUUAAUCGUCUGUGAUUUAUAAGCGGGUACAUUCAUAUUUGUACAUUAUUUUCACAAAAUAAUUGUUGUUAACUUAGUCAGAAGUCAGGCAAGGGGCAGAUUGGGAUACAUGUUUUUUUGUUCAGAUCAAAUAUUUGAAUUAUGAUAAUAAAAUGUUUGGGGGAAA